AUGGCCGCACGUGAGGCAAUCCGUCAUAUUUCCGAAGCAUCGAAGACCAAUCCGUUGGUUCAAGAACUUCGAUUCCAUGGGUUUUUCAUAGGAAGCUGUGCAUUUGCAUUGAUCUACGACAUGCUGCAUGACCAGUCAAUGAUCUCUACUCAUCUACCGUGGGUCAACACAGGACUGCGAUACCUUUCUCAGAUGCGAGAGGGAGAGCCGAUCACUAGUACCAUCCGCGCUGUCAAUCUUGCAUUGGACAAGCUGAAUCAAGGCCAAAUGACGGAAGUAAGUGAGCCUUCAAGUUCUUUUGCUCGACUUUCUCCGGAAAUUGCAGAGGCCGAGGCAAGGAGUGAGGUCCAAGAAUUUGCCAAUAUUACUCAGAAUUCGACUUGGAAUGGUUUAUCUCCGUCGUUACCCUCGAACCUGGAAACUUUUGAUGGAUCUGGCGAUCUUGGGAUCUGGAGGAUCGAUCCGUCUAUGGUUACUUUAGAAGGAUUCUUCUCCUGGCCGCUCCAAGGGCCCUUUCAAUGA